AUGGAAGUGAAGCUCCAUACGGUUCCGUCCCUUGUCUCCAAGCUCAGCUCUGUCUCCUCCCAAACCCGAGCCGACGCCCUCAAAGAGCUUCGCCUCAUCACCAAGCUCGAACCGGACAGCCGCCCCUUCGUUGCCGAAUCUGGCGCCAUCCCUUACUUGUCCGAAACCCUCUUCGACUCCUCCCCUUACCUCCAAGACGACGCCGCCGCCACCCUCCUAAACCUCUCCAUCUCCUGCCGCGACUCCCUCAUCUCCACACAAGGCCUCCUCGAUGCUCUCUCCCACUCUCUCCGCCAACACGCCUCCCCUUCCUCCUCCCCCUCCGCCGUCCAGUCUUCCGCCGCCACCCUUCACAGCCUCCUCGUCGUUGACGACUACCGCCCCAUCAUUGGCUCCAAGCGCGACAUCGUCUACUCCCUCAUCGACAUCGUCAAGUGCCCUAACUCGCCGCCGCGGUCUGUGAAGGACGCGCUGAAGGCGCUGUUCGGGAUCGCUCUCUACGCGCCCAACCGCAUCGCCUUGGUGGAGCUCGGGGCGGUUCCCACGCUUUUUACAUUGGUAGUGAAGGACGGGCGGGUGGGGAUCGUGGAGGACGCCACGGCGGUGAUCGCGCAGGUGGCGGGGUGCGAGGAGAGCGAGGAGGCGUUUCAGAGGGUUUCCGGGAUAAGGGUUUUGGCGGAUUUGCUGGAUCUCUCGACCGGGUCGAGCUUGAGGAGCAAGGAGAACGCGGUGGGGGCGCUGCUCAAUUUGGCCACGUGCGGCGGAGAUUGGGGACUGAGGGAGGUGAGGGAGGAGGGGAUGGGUGUGGUGGAUGGGGUUGCUGAAGUGGCGGAGAAUGGCGGCACAAAAGCGAAGAGCAAGGCAGUUGCGCUGCUGAAGGUGAUUGAUGGCGGGAGCGGAUGCAUUACUAGCGUUUUUAGAGAUCCACGUAUGGUAUGUCUGACAGCUCAAAAGUGAGGGGUGGGCGUGUUUGGGUUAAUAUAAACAUUGGCCUUAAGUAUUUGAGGAAGCCCAAAGGCGCCAAAACAAGUCGAACUUGCCCCGAAGCCCAGCCAUGAAGCCUGAUGCAAACUAAAGUCUUCUCAGCGAAGGUAUAAGUCAUUUGCCUAUAAUUGAGUGACAAGUGACAAAGACCAACUCACUAUCAGCAAAAAAAACACUUUCUAAUGGCAUUACAAGUAAUUAGAAGAUGACUCACUGCCCUUGAGAACUUUCAGCCAAGAACAAUGCCCAUACAGUCGGGUCAAACUACCUAUAAAGGGAGAAAGAGACAACACAGAUAAGGACAAUCAACCAAUCAAACAAACAACAUACAAACUCUGCUCUCAAGCCAGAUUGCACCCAGAAAGCUGAAACUCACCCAGAUUCAGACCUUUUAGCAAUAGUUCCCUUGGCAAAGUCAUAUUUUGUCUAGUGUAAAAACUCUGCUACCUUCCUCAGUGUUGUAGUAUCGAUUCCCUCGUGUAAAACCUUUUACCAUCCAUCCCUUCUAGCAUAUAAUCUUUGUAAACUCACAGAGAAGUGGCUGCAAGAGGUUCGACCUUGUCCAACAAGGUGAAAUCUGGCCUGAGUCUCUUUGCUUGUACUUUUAGUUAGUAGAUCUAUCGCUUCAUGUACUUUUCAGCAUAUAUUCAAGUUAUUUCCAACUAUUUUCUA